GGUGGUUGGCGCGAGAGCCAAAGGCACUCACUCCAUCGCCUCUUGUCUCCGCCCACCCAACGUUCAGCAGGAGGGAGCCAAGUGUCCUUCCGCGCCGCCCCGCCCCGCGUCCACAGGAUCGGCGCGCGUCCCGAGGUUCCCGUUGGCCAGGAUCCCAGGCUCGCCCGUCGACUCGCUCAAGUGGAAAGAUGGGGUGCGAAAGGUGCGAGCGGAGGGAUGAACUCGACUACUGCAAUUUGGAUGACCGGGAGAAACACUUCCUGAUGUUCAUUGUCGAUGACUGUGGUCAGGAGAUGAUCGUCCCAGAUGAAUUUCUGAGACGUUUCAGGGGUGAGAUCCCAACGGAGAUCAAGCUAGAAACACGAAAUGGUCACAGUUACACCAUUGGAGUUGCCAAGUAUCCAGAUAAACUAGUUCUUCAAGCGGGAUGGGGAACAUUCGUCAAAACCUAUGAUCUACAUAUGGACGACUGUGUGGUAUUCAGAUACAAAGGAAACUCUCAGUUUGAUGUCAUAGUUUUUGAUCGAUUUGGUCGCGAGAAACCAUUCUCUGUUAUUAGAGACAAUGCUCCUCCUGUACAGGAAAGUCACAACAGCGGUACUGAAAAUUUGGACCGUUCUCAUGGUCAUUCUCAGCCCAUGGAAGUGCAAUCGCCUAUUGCAACUGCCAACCAUUCUGACAGGCGUCCUCAGCCCAUGCGAAUGCAACCACCUACUGAAAAUGCAAACCCUUCUCAUGCGCAUCCUCAGCCCAUGCGAAUGCAACCACCUACUGAAAACUUGGAUGAUCCUGUUGGUUUUAGUCCGCCUACUGAAAAUGUGAACAAUUUGUUUGGCCAUAGUCAGCCUACGCAAAUGCAACCAUCUACUGAGGCUGUGGAUCAUUUUGUGCAAAUGCAACCAUCUACCGAGGCUGUGGAUCAUUCUAAUGGUCAUGCUCAGACCAUGCAAAUGCAACCAUCUAGCGAGGUCGUGGAUCAUUCUAAUGGUCAUGCUCAGACCAUGCAAAUGCAACUGUUUUGUAGACCUACCAAGCUGAGACAAACAAAGCUUCAAUGGGAUUACUCGAGUAUGGGCAACAAGACAGCGACGAGUCCUUCAGGAGAUUCUUUGUCCUCUGAACAUGACAUUGAAGGUUGUGCUUCACCUAGAUACACGCUCAUACAUAAUGCCAGUCUAAAUACAGUGCAGAAGGAGGAAGUUGAUGAGAAGGUCAAAUCUAUUCAUGAGGACAAUCCAAUCUUUGUGGCUGUGAUGAGGAGGUUCAAUGUUACAGGAACGUGCACUUUAACUUUCUCCAAGAAAUAUGUUCAGACGCAUGUGGGUGAUAAGGAGCGAAGGGUAUGUCUUCAGCGAUUUGGCAAGAGGUGGGAUGUGCAAUUCAGCAGUAGCCGUGAAGUCAAAAGGAUUGUUAGUGGCUGGCGGAAGUUUGUGAAAGACAAUGAUGUAGAGACCGGUGAUAUCUGCAUCUUUGAAUUGUUGAAGAUUGAUGAGAUGUGCACAAUGGAGGUCCAUAUCAUCCAUGCAAAGGAUUUUGGUAGACCCUCCCAAAUUGGUGGGCGGAGUGUCGAAGGACGGUGUAAAGAAGCUACUACUAAAACUGUGGAACCUUCUCAUUCUCGUCCUCAGCUCGUGCAAAUGCAAUUACGUAAUGCAAGUGUAGAGGAUUCUUAUUCUCGUCCUCAGCCCAUGGAAAUGCAAUCACCCUCAAAGGAAAGAAAGAUACGAGUUGAAACGGUUAACUCGAGUCCGGGCAACGAGGGAGAUUCUUCGAUGUCAGAGGAUAGUGUCACUUUGACUGGUUGCAUCGGUGUGCAUUUGAGGCGCAUACCUUUAAUUCAGAAGAAGGUAGUGAAGCAGAAGGUCGACCUUAUUGGUUCUGAAAUUCCCAUCUGUGUGCUCGUGAUGCAGAAGACCAAUGUUACAGGAAGAUUCUCUCUAAGCAUCUCCAAGAGAUAUGUCCGCAGAUAUCUGGGGGACGAGGUGCGAAGCAUCUGGCUGGAGCGAGACGGGGAGAGGUGCCAAGUGACGCUGGGACGCGGGCCUCAGAACAACAGGGUUGUGGGUGGAUGGGUAAAGUUCGCCAAGGAGAACGGGCUGCGGCCGGGCGAUGUCUGCCUCCUCGAGCGGCUGAGGCACUGCAAGGAGUGCACGAUGAAGGUCCACAUCGUCCGCCGCGUAAAGCGUGCCUGUUGAUCAACAGUGUUCAUUCUGUUUCCACCGAUCCUUUGUGUCGCCGUUAAGACUUUAAGAAGGUGCUGUUUACUCUCAGUUUAGCGUGUGUUCCUUUGUUAGUCAGUUCGUUGGAGGUCCUUGUUGGCUGGUUAAUUAGGGGUCGCAUAAUGGCGCGCGCAGGUGUUUGCUGAAACAGACUUAUGUGAUUUGAACCAGUAACGCCGGCGAGUCGUGGUGAAUUUCAGUUGAGUCGACUAGUUUCUUUGCCUGGGA